AAUUAAAUAUAUAUGUUUCUUUUGAAGUGCAGUGACGCUGGGGGGCGAACUGACCUUGACGUCUGGCUGAGUUGGUUAUUUCGGGUGUGACGGUGCUAACUAACGCUCUUUCGCUUAUGUGCUCAGCUUUAGCACACACAGCCACGAGCUAUACGCCUCAUAGAUUACUUCGAGCGUUGACAUUACCGGUCUUUAAAUGCCGAAACGAAGAGCUCCUGAGUCAUUUGUGAACUGGUAAUUUUUAGGGAAGUUAGCCACCACUACGAAGCUAUACAGUGGUGUCACAGCUCUCAGCUGCAGCCAGUCUCAUUGUUUUGGUUUGUCUUUUUAGCUAUAGUUUACGUUUCAUCUCGUUGACUUGGAAUGACGAUGCGUUAAGUGUGUCCCUCUCUCCCACAGGUGAGGCUGUUGUUUUAGGUGGCAGUAAAGUGUCGUGAGACCAUGUUGGUACAUCUAUUCAGGCUCCAUGGCCUGCUGGUGGCCUCCCACCCAUGGGAGGUAAUAGUGGGCACCCUCGCACUCACCGUCUGCCUCGUGUCUAUGAACAGCCUGGCAACUAGCAGCCAGAUGUGCACCUGGAAUGAGUGCCCCAAAGUUGAAGAGAAAAUCCACAGCAGUGACAUAAUCAUCCUAACGAUCACUCGCUGCAUGGCCAUCGUUUACAUCUAUUUCCAGUUCAAGAAUCUCAGACAACUGGGUUCCAAAUACAUUCUGGGUAUCGCAGGGUUAUUUACAGUAUUUUCCAGCUUUGUUUUCAGUACAGUUGUCAUCCACUUCUUUGGCAAAGAGCUGACAGGCCUAAAUGAAGCCCUGCCAUUCUUUCUACUGCUCAUUGACCUAUCCAAAGCCUGUGCAUUGGCCAAAUUUGCCCUCAGCUCAAACUCUCAGGAGGAGGUAAGGGACAAUAUUUCCCAGGGCAUGGCCAUCCUGGGCCCCACGUUCACCCUGGACGCUCUGGUUGAGUGUCUGGUCAUUGGGAUUGGCACCAUGUCAGGGGUGCCACAAUUGGAGAUCAUGUGCUGUUUUGGCUGUAUGUCUGUCUUGGCCAAUUAUUUCGUCUUCAUGACUUUCUUCCCAGCAUGUGUCUCAUUAGUCCUUGAGCUUUCCAGGGAAAGCCGCGAGGGUCGUCCAGUCUGGCAGCUAAGCCAGUUUGCCCAUGUGCUGGCUGAAGAAGAGGACAAAAAGCCAAACCCUGUUACUCAAAGGGUUAAAAUCAUCAUGUCUCUGGGUCUAGCCUUGGUCCAUGCUCAUACCCGUCUAGCAGCUGAAUAUCCAGGUCACAAUCGAACAGUGGAGGGGCCCAUUGCCAAGAUACUGGAGACUGAUGGUACUACAUGGCCUCUGAAGCUCAACAGUAUCGACUUGGAGCAGGUCAUAACCCUCGGCCUUGCCCUGCUCCUGGCCGUCAAGUACGUCUUCUUUGAGCAAACGGAGACAGAGUCUUCCUUGUCCCUCAAGAGUCCCAUAAUCAGCUCCCCUCAAACCCAGAAGCCCUGGGGAGUAGGGGACUGCUGCAGGAGGGACCUCCCAGUGCAGAAACUUCAGAAGACCACGAAUGUUAUCUUGGCAACCAACUCAACGUCUGCAGCUGUCUCAGAGUCUAAACCCUCCCCCGAGGCGGCCGCGGACAUCAGAGUCAUGACAGAAGUAACUCCAGCAGUCUCAGUUGAAAAUGGCCCGUCGUGUUUUGAGGAGUCUGGCGCUCUCACGCCGUCUGUUCCUCUAAGCAACUCCAGUUCAGAGCCGCGGACAGCGGGGGAAUGUAUGACCAUCCUCAUGGAUCCCCAGAGAGGUGCUCGUUUCCUCAGCAACGCAGAAGUGAUAAACCUGGUCACCUCGCGCACCAUCCCAAGCUAUAAAGUGGACGUUUUAUUAGAGACUCCAGAGAGGGGCGUGGCCAUCAGGAGGGAAAUGUUGUCUCCAAAGCUGCCCGUCUCCUCUGCUUUGGCUUGUCUGCCUUACAAGGACUACGACUAUUCUAAGGUGUUGGGUACUUGCUGUGAGAAUGUCAUCGGGUACAUGCCGGUGCCAGUAGGAGUGGCUGGUCCUCUUCUGUUGGAUGAGAAGCAGUUCCACAUUCCGAUGGCGACCACAGAGGGCUGCCUGGUCGCCAGCACUAACAGAGGAUGCAGAGCAAUUUCUCUGAGUGGGGGCUGCCACAGCAGAAUCCUCGCUGACGGUAUGACCCGAGGUCCUGUGGUGAGGCUGCCGUCGGCGUGCCGGGCCGCAGAGGUCAAAGUCUGGCUCGAGACCUUGGAUGGGUUCAGUGCAAUCAAAGAGGUCUUUGAUCAGACCAGCAGGUUUGCUCGUCUGGAGAAGCUGAUGGUGAGCAUAGCUGGGAGGAACCUGUACAUUCGCUUGCAGUCUCAGACGGGAGACGCCAUGGGCAUGAACAUGCUGUCAAAGGGAACUGAACAGGCGUUGCAUCGACUCAAGCAGCAGUUUCCAGACACGGAGCUGCUGUCGGUCAGCGGCAACUUCUGCACCGACAAAAAGUCCGCUGCCAUAAACUGGAUUCUGGGCCGCGGCAAGGCUGCGGUCUGUGAGGCCACCAUCGCGGCAGAAGUGGUCAGAGAGGUGCUGAAGAGCAGUACAGCUGCUCUGGUGGAGCUGAACAUCAAUAAAAACCUGGUGGGCUCGGCCAUUGCUGGAAGUAUAGGAGGCUUUAACGCUCACGCAGCCAACAUCGUAGCAGCCAUUUACAUCGCCUGUGGACAGGAUCCUGCUCAGACAGUGGGGAGCUCCAACUGCAUCACUCAGAUGGAGCCUGCUGGUCCACAUGGAGAAGAUCUGUACAUCAGCUGCACCAUGCCCUCCAUAGAGCUGGGUACAGUGGGUGGAGGCACCAACCUGCUGCCACAGCAGGCCUGUCUACAGAUGCUCGGUGUCCAGGGUAGCAGGCCAGACCAGCCCUGCGAGAAUGCCCGUCAGCUGGCCCGCGUCGUUUGUGGCACCGUCCUGGCAGGGGAGCUCUCUCUGAUGGCGGCUCUAGCUGCCGGACACCUAGUCAAGAGUCACAUGACCCACAACCGAUCUAGAACAAACUUGUCAGAAGCAUCUCAAAACGGAGACGUCAAACAAUGAAGUGGCGUCCGUCCUCGGGGUGAGUUGGUGAAAGUCGCGGACACAGGUGCAGGACGUCACCGUGACCACUGACGGGGUCUACUUGUGGAAGACGGUUAACCAGACCAAUUUCUUUUUCAGCAGACGCUCAGUACGUUUACAUGUACGGUUGGACAACUGUCCUUGUCCCAGUGCAAAAGCUCUAAAGGGGAAUUAGCUGGUUGGACGUGGUGUGUCCACCUCUGCUCCACUAGAGGGCGAAAAAAUGUUCCGUCCAUGUUUUUGUCAUGGUUGUGUUUAAGCCGGGAACUGUGACUCCGGUUUGCAGCAGCAGCUGGACUCGCAGUCUCAUCACCUGCACGUGUCAUUACGACAGUGGGACUUACAUGUAUUUUUAUUAGCGAGGUUUUAGUCGGAAUCCAACUGUCCUGUAAACGUACUGUCCGUGUGUUGACGUGGUGCGUCUCCCUGACGAGUUGUUGUUAUUUAUUUACUUGUGCCAUACGUCUGCAACAUUUUAAAUUGCCUUUAGUGUUUUAACACGGUUGGAGUCACGACGAGAGUUUCGGUGAACCUAUGCUACGUCCACAUUACUGCAUCUGCUACAGUGCCAUAUGUUUGGACAUCUGGACAUGCCAAAAAGAAUGUUGUUCUUUAUUUUUGUAGUAAGCUUUUGCUGUGGCUGUAAAAGCUAGGAAUGGGCAAUGCUAAAUUAACUGGAAAGUAUUUGUAUCGCAGUGUGUUGAGCUUAGAGGAGGAGCUUCAUGAUGCAUUCACUGAAGCCUGUCAAAGUAAGACAUUUUCUUUAGCCAGAAAGAUCAUGAAUAGUUGCAUAAAAGAUUUUUGCCCAUGAUGGUGGUGAAAGAUAACGUCUCUGUAAAGCAAGGCCCUGGGGUAAAGUGCAUAUAAAAGCCAUAUUCUAAGAGUAUGAAACCUGAACUAUUGUAAUUUUAAAAAAUUAUACACCUUUAUUAAUCAUUAUAGGUAGCAUAUUUAGUAAAUGUCACACACUGGACCUUAAAAACACACUUACUUCUUUGCUGCCCAUUGUCGUUCUAAAACGCAGCAUCCGACUCCUCCUGUUCCUGUUUGCACUGUUGUGGUCACUGACUGGUCACAUGAUGUCUGUUUUCAGGUUUCUUAGCUUGGACACAGGUUGUCUUGUUUUGAAAAAAGAAAAAAAAGAAAAGCAAAUGCAGUCGUGUGGAUGUAGCCUAAGUCGAUGUUUCCCAACCUUGGUCCGCAGGUAACUCUGAGGACCAACACACCUGAUUGAGACGGUCAGCUCGUCAACAAGCUCUGCAGAAGCCUGAUGACGAGCUGUUCAUCUGGAUCAGGUGUGUUGGUUCUCAGUGUUCCCUGAGGACCAGGGCUGGGAAGCACUGGUCUAAGUCUUUGACGAGUACCCGGCAAAGGCCUCUGAAGAGUCAGAAUUUAAAAUGUUGUGAAAUCUUCAUUUCCAAAAAAGGAAAAGAGCUAUUGUUUUUGUUUUUUAAUUCCAUAAUGCUGUUGCUUAAAUGCCAACCCUCCGUCUCAGUGUUGUUAAUCACCUCUUGCACAAUCCUUCUUGUGUGAACUGAAGGACUCUUCUCUUAGAGGCAGGUUGCUUCUUUUUCCUUUUGUCGCUGAGGUUUAUGGGAAAACUAAAGCCAUACAAAUUAAUUUAUUGAACUUUUACAUCUGAGAUGGAUGUGACCGAGUGUGAGUGUAGAAGGUCGCAACAGGAAGUGCAGAUUCUUCCACAGUGGAAGCUCAGAAGUGGCCUUACUCACAGCGGUGUCUCAGACGUUGAGCCUUAGCAUGUGCUAGUUAGAAUAAUCAAUUUUCAAAUGUUCAUGUCAAAAUAUUGUACAGUGUGUUAUUUAAGACAUAAACAAAAUGAUUCCUUGAAA